UCUCUCGUUUAGUCUGUGGCAGAACAUCGUCGAGAGCAGAAGGAGAAACAUAGCACGUCCCGCCGGUACAUCAGAAAGAUUUACCCGAAGGUCCACGCUGCUGUUGAUCAGUGAUUUGUGCUUUGCGCGGGGUUCGUUUAUUCGGUCGGUUAGCAUUGGCUCGACAAAAGCUGGCCGGCCAGUGUUUAUGCCCGCAAGUUGGAGUGAGUGCAAGUCGCAAGUCGGAAUUUCAAGACGGAGAGGAGAGGAAACAUUAAAUCGUCUUCCUCCUCCUGUUUCGGCUUUUUUGUUUGAAUGUUGAGAAAUCAAAGAGAGUGCGGUGCAAAAGCGAACGUAGAAAAAAGGCACGAAAGAAUCGAAUCAAAAUAAUAACAUGUUGAUUUGAAGCGCUAUAAAAGUUGAACAGAAGGAGAAGAGUGAAGAAAUAUACAUGUUUACAGAUCAAGCCGAACGUAAGGAAGGAGUGAGACGGAGGAAACCUCUAUAAAUGAAUAGAGUUUAUUGGGUGCUGUACAGCGGGGCAUGUAAGUGGAGCAUCAUCAAAAAUCGAUUCGCGCGCGCUUUUUUUUUAUAAACAGAAGAAACGGUGCCGAAAGUAAUGCCGAUGCCGCCGAAAUAUGCAUCGUUUUCAUAGUAAUUGAGGCUCCAUUGAUAUGGCCGAACAUUGCCGAAUGGAGGAACAAAAUUGAAGGAUUCAUUGGAGCCAAAACUGGUUCAACAGAACCGCAUCGAGUGAUGAUCAUAUGCCUUUAGUAAAGUGAGUACGAGAGAGUGAGAACGAAAGAAACAAACGAGAGAAAGAGGAAACAAUUCGAAACGGCGAAGAAACGAGGAGAAGCAAAGUGCUGCUGCCUGCAAGAAGUGCAUAAUGUGAAAAGUCACUUAAGAACGUGUGCAAAAUAAAUAAAUCGAAUUAAGCAAAAUGCAUACUAUUAAUUACGAAAGGUAUAAAGCGUCGCUGGUAAUUGCAUGAAGAAGAAAAAAACCGUUGAACCCAUGAAUCUUUGCAGCUGCUGCCUGCGGCAAGAGUAAGUGUAGUGAAGCCGCAGAGUCGUCAUUCGUCCAAGUGCAAGCUGCAGGCUCAUGCAGAGCUUUUUUACUCCAUCGAAUCGCCGCUGUGUCUGGCCAAGGCUCAAGUUUACGCCGCAUAAAUGAAAGAUCACGAAGAUAGAGUGCGCCCGUAGUUUUCGUUGUUGUUGUUGUUACUGUCUGCAUAAACACGGGGCCGCCCCGCUACAGAAAGACCAACCGCAACAUCUACAACAUACCACAUACAAUCAGGUGGUAUUUAGCAUUUUGUUAUAGUGCUCUCUGUUUGCUGGUCUUUUUAAUUCCUUCGUGGUAAAGUGCUUUUAAUGAUCAGUGCGAGAUUCGCCGGCAUAAAGUGUUUUCAAAGGAGAAGAAAAUAUAAAGAUCACGAAAUAAUGAAUUAAAAGAAAUUAUCCAUAUUUCAAUCAAGUUCAUGUGCAUUUUUGAAGCCAGCAACAACCAUGCCUCCGCGGGCAAACGAAUAAGUAAAGCCGAAGAGUGAGGUUGAGGAAUGUAAUUAUAAUGUUGGCUUAAUGUUCGGCAGCAAAACACCUUAAAGGUGGUAAAUUUUGUACAGUUUUAAGAGCAAAAAGGAGUAAGAAAAGUGAAAACCGGCAAUCAAAGUGAAACGAAAAUGGCCUCUACAAGUACGCAGACGAAUCUGUGGUUUAUUCUUGCUCUCUUUGUAAUCGUUUCUAUGCAUUGCGGCUACGGACAUAAUUACGGACAAGGAGUGCCGACAUGGAUUUGUCUCGGAAUGAAAUCGCCUUUCAUCCAGUUCCGGUCGGAGUUCGAGAUACUAUCCAACAACAGCAUAUCGCUGAACCUGACUGAGAUACGGCACAAGCUGAAGAGCGUUCAAAAUCUGGACCACUUCAUUCGACCUGUCGAAACCGGACGAAAGGAUGACACCAAGAGGCAGCAGCUAGCAGGGAUGUCAUCAUCGAUGGGUGUGGUCAAUACGCUUCCUAGCAACAUGACCAUUACAUUCUUGACCACAACUCCUCCGUCGUUUGUGAAUCAUUUCGAAAUAACGACGGAAACCAGCCUUUCAAACGACGUGGACAUGGAGAGGAAAAGUUUCAGCGAGCACAUGAUAUCAGAUGAUAGCAGUAAAAAGGAAAGAAAAUACAUCAUACCGUUAGCAUUGAAGACUUCGUCCAAUGAAAAGGAAAAAACGUCGUCCAUAUUUCAUGGAUCGUCGACCAAUAUUGACGACCUGAAGCGUCAUAUUCUGAUGCUCCAGAAUCUGACACAGUCCGAUAAGAACUUUCAGAGCAAAUUUGUGGUUUUUCCUUCACUACAAAAGAACGGGUCAGAACCUGUCAGCACGACAGUGCCGACGACCACUACGACUGUUGCCCCAACGCCGGCCUUCCGGCCCUUAUUCAACCAGAUGCCAGUGCUACAAAUUAGGGAAGAUCAAAGUGCGGCAAAGACCUUUCCUGAAAAGUUCACACGAUUGCGGCCAACGAUCAAUAUGCCGCGGCAAAUUCUUCCCAACUCACAAGAUAUAUUAUCUGAUAAUAAAGACGACAUGUUCAAAAUGGAGAAAAUUACAAUAGUCCCACAGGUUUUUUUACAAAACGACCAAACCCCGGAUUCCACGCCAGAUGAGGAGAAUAAUAACAACAAUUACGGCCACAAUAACGAGAGGAAGAAAGAGAUCAAAGGAAAUGACGGAGAGAGUAUCAAGAAUAAAAAACCGUCGCCGCCCGUCUAUCACGGCAAAGAUGGAACAGGAGAAGAGAUAGGCAAUAAAUCUCCACUGGCCGCCACAAUACAACCGACUCGAAAACUCGGACGCAACAGAACCACACUGGCGGCAUCGGCGUCUAGCGCGGCCGUGGCCGUCGAUGAUGUCGAGUUUGAUAACGUUCCUACACGUGGCUCCGGAGGUGGCGCACGAGGAAACGGUAAGAAGCGGAAUCGAAAAAAUAAAAAGCCAUCCGAGAAACCAAUUAACUCCAAUCCGGUUCAAGACAUUAGCGGCGUAGCGAAUCAAAGUUCAAGCACAAACAAGACCAAAGUCGGCCGAAAAGGUGCUAAACGGCUUCAAAGACUUCAGCAGAAAGCAUUCAAGUUGCAGCAAUUAACAUCGUCCAGCUCAUCGACUAGUACGUCUCCACCAGCACCGUCCGACGUUCGGAAACUUUCCCGAUUUCGCCGAGCUGACCGGCUCACCACCAAAGCCCAACGAUUUCAGCUGGAGCACAACUUUGCCAAAGAUAGUACAAUUAUUCCAAUUUACGGAUCAUUGAAUAGUUCCAGUGUUAGUGCCAUAGGAAGUUUGGGUGGUAGUAUUAGCUUGAAAAACGGUACUAUUUUUGCGAUCGAAAGCGCCACCAAUGGGAGCAAUCAAAGUGAAAAAGAUAUAAUUAAUCUCAACCCGGACCUUUGCUACAAAGUCAGUGGGCUCAGUGGAGGGCAACAAAAGUUGUGUGCCCAGCACACCAGUGUCAUGCCCGCCAUUAGCCGUGGAGCUCGUGCCGCCAUUCAAGAAUGCAAAUAUCAAUUCAGGCAUCGCCGAUGGAAUUGCAGCACUAUCGAGGAUGACACCGUUUUUGGACCAGUUUCAAAUAUAGGUUCACCCGAAAUGGCCUUUGUCCAUGCGCUAGCGGCGGCCUCUGCUGCCAGUUUCAUCGCUCGCGCCUGUCGCGAUGGCCAGUUGGCUUCAUGUGGGUGCUCCCGGAGUUCCCGCCCCUCCCAGCUGCACGAGGACUGGACCUGGGGAGGGUGCGGAGAUGAUAUGGAAUUCGGCUACAAAUUUUCCCAAACCUUCAUAGAUAUAAAAGAAAAGGAGAGAAAGCGCGGCACGCGUGGGUUGGUUUCCAUUCCGGCAAAGUAUCCUAAAAUUGUCGAGCGGCUUUUGGAAACACUGAACGACACGAGCGAAAACAUUUUGAACGGAACCGAUACACUGUUUCGCCCCGAGGACCUGCAGAAGCUACAAGACAAAAUUGCCAAAGAAAUCUCCAACUCCAACCUGGACCCGAAAGAAAUGAACGAGCUCCAGGACCGCAUCAACAAGGAAAUUACAAACUCAGAAGUAUUCAAUUUGAAGCAUUUCAACAUCUAUGACAAGCUGAAGAAAAUGUUCAAAAAGCCAGAAAAAACUCUUAACGGUGUAAAAUUCAGUGCAUCGGCAAAGGCUCGUGCACUGAUGAAUUUGCAUAAUAAUGAAGCCGGACGAAGGGCUGUCAUCAAAAAAUCACGCAUCAUUUGUAAAUGCCACGGAGUUUCUGGUUCGUGCAGCCUCAUCACAUGCUGGCAGCAGUUAACAUCCAUUCGAGAAAUCGGUGACUUCCUGCGAGAGAAAUACGACGAAGCCACUCAGGUGAAAAUAAAUAAACGUGGUCGGUUGCAAGUCAAGGAUCCCAGGUACAAAAUUCCAACCCCAUUAGACCUGGUGUAUCUGGACGAAAGCCCGGACUGGUGUCGGAACAACAAACAACUCAAGUGGCCUGGCACUCACGGUCGCAUUUGUAACAAAACAUCGUCCGGGUUGGAUGGAUGCGCAAUUCUCUGCUGCGGACGAGGAUACAAUACGAAAAAGAUUGUCGUCAAGGAACGGUGUAACUGUAAAUUUCAGUGGUGCUGCCAGGUCAAGUGUGAUAUAUGUACGAAGCAUAUUGAAGAGUACACCUGUAAAUAGUUCGGUAAAAUCAAUGCCAAUGCUUCUUGCGUCAUAAGUUAAUGUAUAUUUAAUGUUCUCUCUGCGCACAACUAAUGACAAAAAACAAUGAGAACUAACAUUCAAUACAUUAGAAACCAGUGUUGUUUGAAAAAUAUAUGCAAACUAGCGAACUGAGGCGAAUAGAGAAAUUUUGGUUUUUCUUGUCUUAUCGCUAUAACAGGUUCUCAGAGUUUUCACUUUAUUCGCCUCAGUUUUGGCCGUAGAUUGGUAGAGUUUAGCAGUACAGGAAACGGAUAUUUCAGUGAAAUAUAAUAAAUAAAUUGCAUUGCAUUUUAAAUAGCUGGGACUACACUAUAGAAGAAAAAAUAAAUCAAAUCGUUAUGAUUUCAUUCCACUUGGGAAAAGAUAAAAUAUUGGUACGAAUGUUUUAGAAUGCUAUUCUGAAAUGAAAAUUAAAUUGCAAAUUAUCAUAUUUGAGAUGGCAGAUAUUAUCGUUCUGUAUCCAAAUUAAAAUCGGCUUUUUAUUUUACAAUAAAUAAAUAAAAAGCACCCAGUUGAUCAUUAAAAUGCAAACUAAUUUUUGAUAACCCAGUAAUGUUAACAACCUUUAUGGGCAAAUACUUUUGCUCAUAACUGCUGCAUUAUCAUUCUCCAUAAGUUAAAAAAAUGUACUCUCAUUAACAGAUUCAUUUCAGCUUUCAAUGCAAUACAGACAGUUUUAUUAUCCUACUCUACUCCAAUCAAUCCAAUGACUAAUGAUUUCCUCACCCAAUUUUCUCGUAAGGUAUUCAAUACCUCAUUCCAAUGUUUGUAUAUAAAAAAAUAUCUAAAAGUAAUGUGUUUUAACAUCAGUAUUAUUAGUAAUAUUCGCACAAACAAGCGCUUGUAUGAAAUUAUUUAUAAUUAGAUACCUAAGAUAAGUGCACAUACUGUUUUAAAUUUUAAAGAAACGUAUUUAUUGAACUUCAUUGAGUAUGAGUAGACAUGUUGAAUACUUCGUAGUGGUAUAAUAGAGUCCAACAAUUUUGUCACUAUCAGCUGAUAUCUGUACUGAGUCUAGUUUUUCCACAAAAAAAAAA